AUGGCAUCCCUCAGUUCCUGUCCGUUUACUUUUGCCUGUAUUGCUUUGCUGUUACUGGGCAACACACUCACAAAUGCACGUCCUGCCGCAGAAGAUAUGGAUUUCGAUGAUGCAGAGUAUGCUGCCCGGCAUAUGGCUCAACUAGAAGAUCGUCCUUACUCCUACCCAGAGCUGUUGGAGCAUCUACAGAAACGAUUUAUGCUGGGCCUUGGAGUGCCACCUCGUUCUCAAGUGAAGAAAUUCUUCCUGGGCCUUGGUGCACCCCGGCGACACCGACUGAAUCGCUAA